UUUCCCUCCUCCCAGCUCCCAUCCUUCCUGCGCGGCCGCCCGUCCGCCAUGGAGUCGGCUCUCUGGCGCCCGGGCACUACUGGACGGGCACGGAAGAGCCCGUCUUUGCCGCACAGGCUAGCCGCCGGCGCGGCGAACAGUCUAGCGCGCUCCUAGCCGCCACCCCACUGGCCGGGCACCCCGGUGAGGCCGCACAAGCUCUGCCAGCUCGCCCGGGCGGCGGCAUGCGGGACGCCCUCUGGGCGGAAGGAUACGGGGAGGAGCCUGCGGCGCGGUCCGCCGGGGCGCUGAGUCCUGUUGCCGGGUGACGGGGCGACCGGCCCCCUCCCUCCCCGUGGCGCUGGGAGCCGCCGCUGCCGCCGCCGGUUUACGUAACGCCUCUCAGGGCAGGUCCCGGCUCCGUCCCGCCCGUCUCACUCGGGGACGGCAGCAGCGGGACGGAGUCCGCCGCCUCCUCCGGCUGCCAGAGGCCCCAGGGCUCCGCUCUACGCUGCCACGGCAGGUCCUGCUGGGGACUUGCAUCUGGCCUCAAUGUGAAAUUAAGGUAGAAAAACACAUCUACAUAUGUGUUUGCUAUUAGGAUUUAGUUUAUUCACUGGUCAUGCCUGAAGAGUGAUGUUCGUCUCUAGACGGCUAACUGCCAGGAAAUAUAAAUGAUUGUCCUAGAAGUCAAGCCUCUCUCCUAUUUACUGGAGUGAAAAUCACCUCCAGAUACCGACGGAAUAUCAACUGCAGAAAAUGCUUCACCUUAUAAGGAUGCCAACCACCUAGAUUCAUGCGCCCUAUCUGUACGGUUGUUGUGGAUGGUUUGCCAUCUGAAAGCUCCUCAAGCUCUUAUCCAGGCCCUCUAUCUGUUUCUGAAAUGUCUCUGCUACAUGCUUUGGGUCCAGUGCAGACCUGGCUGGGACAAGAGCUAGAGAAGUGUGGCAUUGAUGCCAUGAUUUAUACUCGGUAUGUCCUCAGUCUUCUGCUGCAUGAUAGCUAUGACUACGACCUGCAGGAACAGGAGAAUGACAUCUUCCUGGGCUGGGAAAAGGGAGCUUACAAGAAAUGGGGAAAGAGUAAGAAAAAGUGCUCUGAUCUAACACUAGAGGAAAUGAAAAAACAGGCUGCUGUCCAGUGUCUUCGCUCUGCUUCUGAUGAAAGCUCUGGAAUUGAAACGUUAGUGGAGGAGCUCUGCUCCAAACUGAAAGACCUUCAGAGUAAGCAAGAGGAGAAGAUUCACAAAAAGUUAGAAGGCUCUUUGUCUCCUGAGACUGAUUUAUCUCCCACAGCAAAGGAUCAAGUAGAAAUGUACUAUGAAGCAUUUCCUCCUCUGUCUGAGAAGCCUGUUUGCCUGCAGGAAAUUAUGACUGUAUGGAAUAAAUCCAAAGUAUGCUCUUACUCUAGCUCCUCAUCUUCAUCCACUGUUCCACCAACUAGCACGGAUACAUCUUCUCCGAAGGACUGCAAUAGUGAAAGUGAAGUAACUAAAGAUAAAAGUAAUAAAGUAUCUGCCACUGUACAGGAGAGAGGCCAGCAGAAGAAAAGUAAAAAUGAGAAAGAAAACAAAUUUAGUAACAACACUGUUGAAGAGAAGCCCGUUUUGUACAAAAAGCAAGUCCGACAUAAGUCUGAGGGAAAGAUGCGUCCUCGUUCCUGGUCAUCUGGGUCCAGUGAGGCUGGCUCGAGUUCUAGUGGUAAUCAAGGUGAAUACAAGUCGUCAGUGAAAUGCAUUAAAGUCAGACACAAAACAAGAGAGGUUCGAAAUAAAAAAGGGCGUAAUGGGCAAAGCAGGCUUGCAGUGAAAUCUGGUGAAAAGGCUGAUCGCAAAGUCCACAGCGGAAGCAGCAGCAGCAGUAGCAGCGGGUCCAUCAAACAGCUGUGCAAAAGAGGUAAAAGGCCAUUAAAAGAAAUUGGAAGAAAAGAAGCUGGUGGUAGUGAUGGAAAAGAUUUGUAUUUGGACAGCAGAAACGAAAAGGAAUAUAAAGAAGAACCCUUGUGGUACACUGAGCCGAUUACAGAGUACUUUGUUCCUCUUAGCAGGAAAAGCAAGCUGGAGACGACGUACCGCAACAGAGAAGAUCUAUGUGGAGUAUCAUCAGAGGCUGUAGAAGAGUUGUCUGAAUCAGUGCAUGGUCUUUGUAUUAGCAACAAUAAUAUUCAUAAAACAUACCUCGCAGCAGGUACUUUCAUUGAUGGUCACUUUGUAGAAAUGCCUGCAGUUCUAAAUGAGGAUAUUGACCUCGCUGGGACCUCAAUAUGUUCUCAACAAGAGGACGACAAAUAUUUAGAUGAUGUUCAUCUGUCAGAACUAACUCACUUCUAUGAAGUGGAUAUUGAUCAAUCCAUGUUGGAUCCUGGUGCCUCAGAUACGAUGCAAGGGGAGAGUCGGAUUUUAAAUAUGAUUCGACAGAAGAGUCAAGAAAAAACUGAUUUUGAGGCAGAAUGUUGCAUAGUGUUAGAUGGAAUGGAGUUGCAAGGGGAAAGUGCAAUAUGGACUGAUUCGACCAGCUCUGUUGGUGCUGAAGGGUGGUUCUUGCAAGACCUUAGUAAUUUAGCUCAAUUUUGGGAGUGCUGCUCAUCUUCUAGUUCUGGUGAUGCAGAUGGUGAAAGUUUUGGAGGAGAUUCUCCAAUCAGAUUCUCUCCCAUCUUAGACAGCACAAUACUUAAUUCACACAUGCUUGCUGGCAAUCAAGAGCUCUUUUCAGAUAUUAAUGAAGGGUCUGGUAUAAACUCUUGUUUUUCAGUGUUUGAAGUGCAAUGCAGUAACUCUGUUUUACCAUUUUCUUUUGAAACACUCAACUUGGGAAAUGAAAAUGCAGAUUCUAGUAGCACUGCUAAUAUUCUUGGGAAAACACAGUCUAGAUUGCUAAUAUGGACCAAAAAUAGUGCCUUUGAUGAAAAUGAACACUGUUCCAAUCUUUCAACGAGAACCUGUAGUCCAUGGUCACACUCGGAAGAAACACGUUCAGACAAUGAGACUUUAAAUAUUCCCUAUGAAGAAUCGACGCAAUUUAACGCAGAAGAUAUUAAUUAUGUAGUUCCUAGAGUGUCUUCGAGUUAUGUAGAUGAAGAAAUUCUAGAUUUUUUGCCAGAAGAAACCUGCCAGCAACAAGCUAGAACUUUAGGAGAAAUGCCCACUUUGGUAUUCAAAACAAAAUCUAAGCUAGAAUCUGUCUGUGGUAUUCAGCUAGAACAAAAAGCAGAAAGUAAAGACUAUGACACUACACAAGGGUGUAGUGAAAGCAGUCCACGUGAAGAUGGCUACAGCUCAGGGGUUAUUAAAGAUAUUUGGACAAAUAUGACAGACAGAAAUUCUGCAGCGAUGGUAGAAAUAGAAGGAAUAGAAGAUGAAUUGUUUUCGACUGAUGUAAAUAAUUAUUGCUGCUGUUUGGAUACAGAAGCAAAAGUUGAAACCCUCCAGGAGCCCAAUAAAGCAGUGCAGAGAUCAGAGUAUCAUCUUUGGGAAGGUCAAAAGGAGAAUUUAGAGAAGAGAGCCUUUGUCUCAAGUGAUUUAUCGAAAGUAGAUGGUGGUGAUUAUACUACACCGUCAAAACCUUGGGAUGCUAACCAGGAGAAGGAAAACUCAUUUAUACUUGGUGGAGUGUAUGGGGAGCUCAAAACAUUUAACAGUGAUGGAGAAUGGGCGGUGGUGCCACCUGGUCACUCAAAAGGGAGCUUAUUGCAGUGCGCAGCUUCUGAUGUAGUGACAAUAGCUGGUACAGAUGUUUUUAUGACUCCAGGUAAUAGCUUUGCUCCCGGUCAUAGGCAAUUAUGGAGGCCGUUUGUAUCAUUUGAACAGAAUGAGCAAUCCAAGAGUGGAGAUAAUGGAUUAAAUAAGGGGUUUUCUUUUAUCUUCCAUGAAGACUUACUGGGAGCUUGUGGUAACUUUCAAGUUGAAGAACCAGGGCUUGAAUACUCAUUCUCUUCCUUUGACCUGAACAAUCCAUUUUCACAAGUUCUUCAUGUAGAGUGUUCGUUUGAGCCAGAAGGAAUUGCAUCUUUCAGCCCUAGUUUUAAACCCAAGUCAAUCCUGUGCUCUGAUUCAGACAGCGAGGUUUUACACCCCAGGAUAUGCGGUGUUGAUCGAACGCAGUACAGGGCUAUACGCAUUUCUCCAAGGACUCACUUUCGCCCAAUUUCUGCAUCUGAACUUUCUCCAGGUGGUGGAAGUGAGUCAGAAUUUGAGUCAGAAAAAGAUGAGGGAGGUAUUGCUGUCCCUUCUCAAGUAGAUGUAUUUGAGGAUCCACAAGCAGAUCUCAAACCUCUGGAAGAAGAUGCAGAAAAAGAAGGGCAUUAUUAUGGAAAAUCAGAGCUUGAAUCUGGAAAAUUCCUUCCCAGAUUAAAAAAGUCUGGAAUGGAGAAGAGUGCACAAACAUCAUUGGAUUCCCAAGAAGAGUCAGCUGGGAUAUUGCCAAUAGGAAGCCAAGAUCCCUGUUUAGAAUGCAGCAUGAAAGAAUCUGUAGAUGGGAGGGCGAUGGAGAGCUCUAAAGUAAACUGCAGAAUAGUGGAGCCACGUGAGGAGACUGGCAGGUUCUGCAGUUGUAAAGCAGGGUGCCAUUUCCCCACGUACGAGGAUAAUCCUGUUUCUUCAGGAGAGCUUGAAGAGAGAAUGAGUGGCAGCCAGGAAAAGCAAUGCUGGUGGGAAAAGGCGCUCUAUUCUCCCCUUUUUCCUGCGUCACAGUGUGAAGAGUGUUACACAAAUGCCAAGGCAGAGAAUGGUGUAGGAGACUUUGCAGAUGUAAAGGAAAUAUCCAAUGAUGAUGAACAUCUUUUAGAUUUUAAUAUGGUUUCUUCUGUUUAUGAAGCAAGAUGUGCAGAUGAUAUAAAUGCUGAGGCAAAACCAAAUGGCUUCAGGAAGAAGAUCUACUCCAGUGAUAGCUCCAGCUCUGAAGACACAGCUUCAGAAGGUGGAAGUGAAUGGGCUGAUCCGUGUGAGGAGGAGCUUUUUUCUCGAACUCAACUAUAGAAACUGCAGAGUAGAACAGAUGAUUUAAAAAAUAACAUGAGAUGGAAAACUAUCCUUCUUGAGGGUCUGUAGCUCUAAACAACUUGAGUUUCCUCUUCAGUUAAUGGAUUCAGAUGUGUAUUUAUCUUUCUCUUCUUGCUUAUUUUGUAGAUGAGGACACAGCUGUCCUGUUGAAGGUCUUUUUUUUUUCCCCUUCCCUCCCCCCCCCCCAAAAAAAAAAGAAAAAGAAAAAAACAAAUUGUUACAUUCUUGGCUCUUUGAACUAGGCUAGAUUGUGUUGUCAAAUCAAGAAUGGAUGUGCAUGUGCUUGUCUUAGUAGUACCACUGCUUUUUUGCAUCUUAAUUGCAGUUAUUUUCAUUCGUAACUGUAGCCCUACCACUAUGACUAUCUUAGCAUCGCAGUGUCUACAACUACUUCUGCUAUUCAGAGACUUCAGCUUUCUGCACAUUAGGCUUUGUUCUUUAAGAACUGGGAGAUAAAUACUUAACACUGUAAUCUAUCAGUGCCUUUCUGAAUGCAGGAGAAAAGCAUGAGUGAUUUGUCCAGUCUUCAUUCAGUAAAUCAUAACUUUGAAGUAGGAACAACAGGGUUGUGCUUUAGAGACUAAAAGAAACUGUGUUUUCUAUCCUAUGAUUCCCCCUCCCGCAAACCAACACUGAGGAUACCAUGGUUUGUAUUUUUGCUAACUGGAGAAGCCAAGGAUUUUUGUAGGUAUGGAGGCAAUGUGGGGUUGUUUUGGUUUGGUUUUUUUUUUCCCUUUCCCAUGCCCUCUCCCCCUUCCCCCUCCCCCCCUCCUUUUUUUUUUUUUUUUUUUUUUGUCCUUUUUAGCAACUUACCAAUGUGGGCCAGAAGAUUUAAAAAGUAACACCAAAAAUAAUUAACCACUGGGGUGAUGUGUGGAUUGUUGUGAAUUCUGUACUGAGUAAUGAGAACGUUGUCCUGUUGUGGGUGAUGGCGUUCAUGUAACCUGCAAAAGCAUCCUGAACUCGAGCCUGAAUGACUGAAACUGUCUGACAUGCUCAGUGUUGAGUGUUUAAAUGCCAAGGGUCAGUGCUUGACUUGAAAGAAAUCCUGUGGCUGCUGCAGUUAGCUGCUGUUGUGGCUGUAAUUUAGUAAAUCUCGUAGCUCAUUUUGUGUUUCUGAGAGAAUGUGUGGGGCAAGUUCUGUGUGUGGUGGGUGGGGGUAGGGAAGGUGAUGGACUUACAGCAUACACGUGUGAUUGCAGUAGUGAUUGUUGCUUUAUGUGACUUGCUUUUAAAUUUUAUUUUGUUAACUUAGUCAAUACAUUGUCAAGUUGCAUCUGUACAGGACUAUCAACUCCUUGUGCUUUUAACACAUUAUGCAAAAUGUAUAAGCCAGGAGGAGCAAUAUUUGCAAAACUGAACAUUAAGUUUUUACCAACUCACAGUUUAAACAACAACAACUAACUAGUCUAUACAAUAGCAGCAUGUCUAUAACAUCAGGAAAUGCAGAAAGUCCCAUACUGACUUGAAAAGCUGAACCACUCAUUUUGACAGGCAAUAAACCUCAUGAAAACUAUAGCUGUUUGAAAUGGGAGCUGAACUGCCUUUGAAAUAUGUUCUGUGCUAGAAGAGGUUUCUGAGUAACUAGGUUUUGUUGCCUUUAUUCAAUUAGGAUGUAAGAUGAGGCUGGAAAACCCUGUCACUGUACAAGGCUUUUGUUUGGAUCCUUACUUAAAAUUGGCUUGAUUUGUCCUUACCCAGGGACUUUCUCUUGGUCCUCCUCUUCAACAAUGUUUUAGGGUUUGUAGUCAUACAACAAAUCUUCGGACACUUUAGUGUUUAAUUUAUUUGCAGACAUUGGAUAGGUUUUUAUAUAUUUUACUUUAUUCUGGAGCUUCCUUGAGAGGUUAUCACCUGCACUGAGAACUAGUUAACUGUAACAUGAAAGUAAAAAAAAAAACCAACUUUACACACAAAUUCUUCAAAUCACUACAGUGGAGAAUGGAAUAGAACUUCAUUUGACAACAACAAAUGACCAAAUGGACAUAUUUCAAAUACAAACUUCAGCUCAGUUAAUUUUGGCUAGAGCUGCUUCUCGGGUGAGAAAGGGCUCAAAACCAGCAAAGGUGCUGCUGAUAGUUACAUGUUGGCAUGUAAUAACUCCAGCACCUUUGGGGAAAAUAAAAUCCUGUGUUGAGCUUAGGCAAUAACAAAUUGUCUUUACUUGUUUUCAUAGUUUAAUGGCUAAAGCUCUAAAUCUUUCAGUGAGAGUUGAAGUGUGGUUUUUAGUUUUUCUAUAUGGAUAGAAACACACAACAACAACAGCAUUAAAGGUUGGCAAACGCUGAACCGCACUGUGGUAUGAAGCGCAUUGCAUAUCCAUAGCACUGAAGUAUCAGUUUUCCAUUCCUGGGCUGAAAUUUGUUUCUACUUUUUGCUUCAAGUGGUUGUAUUGUUCUGAUUUCACGUACACCAGAGUAACUGAUUUUGUUUUCUUGUGGAGUUACUUAACACCAAAUAAAAAUAAAAAAGGACAAUUGGA